AUGCCUCGUGGUCAGAAGAGUAAGCUCCAUGCUCGUGAGAAACGCCGCCAGAACCGAGGCAGUGAUCAGGGUUCUAAGGGUGCUGAGCAAAGAGUAGUGACAGCAGCAGAGCCUACUCCACCUGCCACGAGUGCUACUGAGUCAUAUAGCACUGCCCAGGUCCUUGAAGCACCAUCUACCACAGCUCAUAGAGGUAGACAUAUGGUUAGUUCUAUUCCACCACCUAUUAUACUUAUUGAUGUGAGUAUUUCAGCUGCAAAAUCUAUUGCCCCUACAGAUGUGGGUGUUUCUGCUUCACCAUCUGCUGCUUCUACUGCGUUGUGUGCUUCUGCGUUACCAGAUAUGGCUCCUUCGGGUGAAGGUUGUUCUUUUACUCCAUCUAUUGCCCCUACUGAUGAACAGGUUUCUGAUAUAGAAUUUGUUAGUACUGUUUGUAUGGAUGUGUUUGACACUAGAUCUCUUACAGACUCCACAGGUCCAGCGGAAGAAGGUGCACGCGUUUCUGAUGAAGAGGGACUCAUUAAGUUUACACAUCUAGACCAUGUAUCCAAAGAGGUUCUGAUGGUGGAACAGCUACUACUCCACAAGUACAAUUUGAAGCAAUUUACUACCAAGGGUGAUAUGUUGAAUAUUAUCACCCAAACCAAUGCAAAGGACUUUGAUGAGAUCUUCAAGAGAGCCUCUGAACACCUCUCUGCUGUUUUUGCAGUUGAAGUAAGAGAAGUGAACUCUGACACAUAUAACCUUAUCAGCAAGCUGAAACUCCCAAACAAUGGGAGAGUUCGUGCUGGCAAAGGCUUCCCCAAGACUGGUCUUGUGAUGAAUAUCCUGGCUAUGAUAUUAUUGAAGGGAAACUAUGCCACUGAGGAAGAUAUCUGGAAAUUCCUGAAGUUGAUGCGUGUAUAUCAUGGAAAGAAGCACUAUGUAUUCGGAGAGCCCAAGAAGCUCAUUACCCAAGAUUUGGUGAGGCUGAAGUACCUGGAGUCCCGGCAGGUACCCAACAGUGAUCCUCCAUGCUAUGAGUUCCGGUGGGGUCCCCAAGCUCACGCUGAAACUAGCAAGGAGGAAGUCUUGCAAUUCUUGUCUAAGAUCAAUGAAACUGCCCCCACGUUUUUUUCCAACCUUUAUGAAGAGGUUGUGAAAAAUGAGAAAGAUGAAACCGUGAGCAUAAAGGGAUGCCAGUGUAGCACUACUCCCCAAGCUUUUGCAGUUACCAGUAUCCCUCCUCCAGAACCUUUUUAUUCCCUGGUUGAAUCAGAACCUGGAAAACGGUCCAAAUAA